CUCUCUUCUCCUCUUUCGCACUUGACAUCCAAAAUUUCUCCAUCAUUAUUCACCAAACUUGUGUGGUGUCUUAUUCCAACGGUUCGAUGAUUUUCCUUUAGUAAUAGUAUCAAUAAAAUUUGUGGGUAUAAAUAUCUGAACGAUUGGAACAUUACAUAAACUCCCUCCUAUAGCUUCCAUCCAUGGAUACCAUAUUUCCAACGCUUCAGUACAUGAAGUUUCUAACCCUUUGGCUGUUUUUUUCAAUGUACUUUUGCGCACUCAUAAACAACUCUUCUUUGGUUGUUGUUUCUUCCAUGACACUUUGGUCUGCUUCAUCCACUUUACAAAGCAGAGAAGUAAGUGCUUUGUUGAAGUGGAAAUCAAGUCUUGACAAACAAAGUCAAUCUCUCCUAUCUUCAUGGAGUGGUAAUAAUUCAUGCAACUGGCUUGGAGUUUCGUGCACUGAAGACUCCAUGUCUGUCUCUGAGAUAAGGCUUACAACUAUGGGAUUAAAAGGUACACUUGAAAGUCUUAACUUCUCAUCACUUCCAAAUAUUCUCACUCUUGAUCUUAGUGUCAACUUGUUCACUGGAAGUAUUCCUCCCCAUAUUCAGAUGUUGUCUAAACUUUCCUAUCUUGAUCUUGGCGACAAUAAACUUUCAGGAACAAUUCCAUAUGAAAUAACACACUUGACUAGUCUUCAUACUUUAUAUCUGAAUAAUAAUGUUUUCAAUAGUUCCAUUCCUAAAAAUAUAGGUGCACUCAAGAAUAUGAGGAAUUUGUUUCUUAAUAACGAUAAUCUUUUUGGAUGUAUUCCACGAGAAAUUGGGAAGUUGCUGAACCUAGAAUAUCUAGAUCUUCAUGAAAACAAUCUUUCCGGAUCUAUUCCUCAAGAAAUUGGAAUGUUAGUGAACCUAAAACUUCUAUAUCUUGUUGGUAAUAAUCUUUCUGGAACUAUUCCUCGAGAAAUUGGAAAGUUAGUGAACAUAACUAUAGUUUAUCUUCAAGAUAAUAAUCUUUCUGGAUCUAUUCCUAGCGAAAUUGGAACGAUGAGAUCUAUGAUAGAACUUGAUUUGUCAAAUAAUUCUCUCUCUGGGAAAAUCCCACCUACAGUUGGAAAUUUGAGCAAUUUACAAUCUAUUGACUUUCAUAAAAACCAUUUCAGCGGGUCAAUUCCGACAGAAUUGAAUAAGGUUUCUAAUUUGGAAUCAAUCUUUCUAUAUGACAAUAAUUUCAUUGGUCAGUUGCCUCGUAACAUUUGCCUCGGUGGAAACUUGAUAUCCAUUAUUGCUUUUAAUAACCAUUUUAGAGGGCAAGUUCUCAAGAGUUUGAAUAAUUGUUCUAGCCUUAAGAGACUUUGGCUUCAACAAAACCAUUUUGAUGGAAACAUAGCUGAUGAUUUUGGUGUAUACCCAAAUUUGAAGUUCUUGGGAUUGGAUGACAAUGAUUUUUAUGGUCACCUUUCGUCCAACUGGGUUAAGUUUCAUAAUUUAACAUAUCUUCACAUUUCAAAAAAUAAUAUAACAGGCUCAAUACCACCUGAACUCGGUGAAGCAUCCAAAUUAUAUUCAAUUGACUUAUCUUCCAAUCAUCUCACUGGAAAUAUUCCAAAAGAGUUAGGAAACUUAACCAUGUUGGGCAGACUCGUUUUAAACAACAACCAUCUUUCUGGUAAUGUUCAUGUAAAAAUAGCAUCAUUAAAGGAACUUGAAAUCUUAGACAUUGCAACAAAUAAUCUAAGCGGUUUCAUCACAAAACAGCUUGUGAGUUUGUCCAAAUUAAUAAGCUUGAAUUUGAGCCAUAACAAAUUUAGAGGGAAUAUUCCUGAUGAGUUUGGUGAAUUUCAUGCCCUUCAUAGUCUUGAUCUAAGUGGAAAUAUUUUGGAUGGAACCAUACCUCCAAUGCUUGGAAAAUUGACACUCUUAGAAACAUUGAAUAUUUCGCAUAACAACCUUUCUGGAGUUAUCCCUUCUUCCUUUGAUCAGAUGAUUAGUUUGUCAUUUGUUGAUAUAUCUUAUAACCAAUUGAAAGGUCCACUUCCAGAUAUGCGAGCAUUCAAUAUCGCACCAAUUGAAGUGUUGAGAAAUAAUACAGGCCUGUGCGGUAAUGUUUCAGGCUUGAUGCCUUGCUUAAAUUCAAGCAGUGGAUCUCACAAUCAUAAGACUGAGAAUUUGAUCUUAUUGAUAGGCUUACCUCUAGCACCGGGAACUCUAAUGCUGGCAUUCGUUUGUUUCAAGUUUUUAAAGCAUUUAUAUCAAAUGUUAAACACAAGAAACAAUCAGGAUGGCGGAAUUAUCGUUCCUCCGAAUAAUGUAUUCACAAUAUGGAGUUUUGAUGGGAAACUGGUGUAUGAAAACAUUAUUGAAGCAACAGAAGAGUUUGAUGACAAAUAUCUCAUAGGAGUAGGAACACAUGGAAGUGUCUACAAAGCUGAGUUGCACACAGGUCAAACAGUUGCUGUUAAAAAAAUCCAUAAAGCAACAAAUGGAGAAAAUUCUGACAUAAGAUGUUUCACAAUUGAGAUUCAAGCUCUGACAGAAAUUCGACAUCGUAACAUUGUGAAGCUAUAUGGAUUUUGUUCACAUUCGCGCGUGUCGUUUUUGGUUUAUGAGUUCAUGGAGAAAGGUAGUUUGGAAAAGAUUUUGAAAGCUGAUGAACAAGCAACUGAAUUUGAUUGGAAUAAGAGGGUGAAUGUGAUUAAAGAUGUAGCAAAUGCUUUAUACUAUAUGCACCAUGAUUGUUUCCCUCCUAUUGUUCAUAGAGAUAUAUCAAGCAAGAAUAUUCUUCUGGAUUUAGAAUAUGUGGCUCGUGUUUCGGACUUUGGAACAGCUAAGCUUCUUAAUCCCAAUUCAGCCAACUGGACCUCAUUUGCAGGCACAUUUGGAUAUUCUGCUCCAGAACUUGCAUACACAAUGGAAGUGAAUGAGAAAUGUGAUGUGUAUAGUUUUGGAGUAUUAGCAUUGGAAAUAAUUUAUGGAAAGCACCCUGGAGAUAUCAUAUCUAAUUACGGACAACGGAAUACUAUGUCAUUGAUGGACAUAUUGGACCAACGUCUCCCUCGUCCAACGAAUACUAAUGCUAAGCAGUUAUUAUCCAUUACAAAGACGUUAUUUUCUUGCUUGGAUGAAAGUCCACGAUCUCGUCCAACCAUGGAGCAGGUUUCCAUGGAGAUUUCAAUAUCAUAAUAGUCUUCUUAAAUGUUUGAAUGUUGCCUUUUCUUCUUAGUUUUUAUUAUUUUGUAAACCUUGCUUGUCUUGUUUUGUAUUAAAGGUCAGUUUGAAUAAUAUUUGAAUGUUGUUUAGAUUAGAGUUGGAUAAGAAAUGGUUUACACAGAAUGAGUGCAAUAUAUGCUUUUGGAUCGAUA